ACAGGAAAACCAAGAGUAUUUGGUACUUCAUGUCAAGAACAAUAGAUACACAGUUUGUGUGCUUUCAGCAGACAAGUAGGAGCUCUGAAAUAUGUUGUUAUUUUUGUCCCAGGAAUCAUUAGGGACUUAAACUUGAGGAUUGUCAUUGUUUUGAACUGUGGAAUUACGACUGGACAAGCUUAAUAUCAUGUCACUUCCAGAGGAGGAUCUCACAUGCCCAAUAUGCUGUGACAUCUUUACAGACCCUGUUUUGCUGCCAUGUAGCCACAGCUUCUGCAGGGGCUGUUUGAAGCGCUGUUGGGACACAGGGUUACGCGAGUGCCCAGUAUGCAGGAAAAGAGCCUCCAAGUCCAGCGCUCCCUCCAAUUUGGCUCUUAAAAAUGUCUGUGAGGCUGUUAUACAGGUCAGGAGGCAGAGUUCACUACAGGAGAAAGAGAAGAUGAACUGUAAUCUGCAUGGGGAGAGGUUAAAACUCUUCUGUCUGGUAGACAAUCAGCCCAUCUGUGUGGUUUGUCAAUCUUCCAAACUGCAUAAGACUCACAACUGCUCACCUAUAGAGGAGGCAGUGCUGGACUGCAAGAAUGAACUGUCUCUAUCCCUCAAGAGCUUGCAAGAUAAACUGGAAAGCCUAAAAAAAAAUCAGUUGACCUCUGCAGACAUGUUUAAGUACAUCAAGAAUCAGUCCCUGGAAACACAGGGAUUGAUCAAGAGCCAGUUUGAGAAGCUCCAUCGAGUCCUCUAUCAAGAAGAAUCAGAAAGACUAGCAGCUGUGAAAAAAGAUGAAGAGGCGAAGCUUGUAGAAAUAAAAGAUAAGAUGAAAGAACUUUCAGCAGAAGUGCUAUCCCUCACAGAGACCAUCUCUGUCAUACAGGAGCAGCUGAAAGAAGAAGAUAUGGUCUUGUUGAAGAAUUUCAAAGACACUCAGCACAGGGGGAAAAGCCUUGCACUUGGUUCAGACAACAUGUCCGGGUUACUGAUUGAUGUAACCCAGCAUCUCUGCAACCUAAAGUACACAGUUUGGGAGAAAAUGCUGGACCACAUUGAUUAUACUCCUGUGACUUUGGACCCAAAUACAGCACACCCAUGUCUUGUCCUGUCUGACGACCUCACUUCCCUCCACUAUUCAAAGCAGUCCAGCCAUUGCCCUGACAACCCAGAGCGCUUCCAUAUCAGUGCUGAAGUGGUAGGCAUGACCGCACUCGGUUCAGGAAGUCACCACUGGGUUGUGGAAACAGGAAGUAAUCAGGACUGGAUCCUGGGUGUGGCCUCUUUGUCUGUACCUAAGGAGGCUGAGAUCUCUGCUAGGCCUGAGAACGGCUUCUGGACUUUGUGUUUCCGGGAUGGAGAGUUCAGGGCGAUGACCUCACCACCCACCCCACUGACUCUUACAAGAACACCCAAACAGAUCAAAGUGCAACUGGAUUACGACAAAGGGACGAUGUCUUUUUCAGACCCUGCUAAUGACACGCUCAUUUAUGUGUUUAGGCAAACAUUCACAGAAACUUUACUACCAUAUUUUUAUACACAGAGCAGUCAUCCACUGAAAAUAAUGCCAGAGAAGGUACUUGUCACGAUGCUGCGUCAAUCAGCGGAUAAUGAUUUAUUAACAAUGUAAGACAAUAAGAUGAGAGGCUGUUGUGAUGGAUGAGCUCAAUGAAAAACAGGUAAGAUUGGAUUGUAAGUUAAUAUUAACUUCUACCACAGAAGGCAUGCACAGUAUUCUCCAUCCAAGUCAUUUGCAGUUGUUGUCAAAUUUGUUUUUGUAACGUCAACGUUCUUGAAGUAUAGUCAAGUAUUUUGGGAAAUACACCGAUUUGCCUUUUUAACUGAGAGGUAAACAAGAAUAUUGAUACAGAUCACUCUAUAUGAUGAUGCAAAGAGCCAGUGAGCCUAGUUUAGCAUAGCAUAAAGAUUAAAAAUAGAGAAAAACAGAUUCUUCUACUAAUCAUUUCUGUUAGACAUCCUACAAAGCUUCAUUGGUAAAUGCUCUUACUUUUCAAAUUUUAGAUUAGUCCAUAACUGUGUUUUGCUUUGCAGCAAACCCUUUCUUCAUUUUUUCCCUCUUUUGACUUGUCUGCUACUUAGGUCUGAAAGAAUGAUACUGUGCAAGUGCUCUAUUCUUUCUCACAUGACAACCAUAUUAUGUUGGACUGAGAUGAGGGAGAUGUUUCUGACCCGCCCCACUCAAUGUCCUUGUAAAAAAUACACACACAUACAGAAACGCACACACCACUGGUUCACUACAGGGAUUCAACUGUGUGGUACUGUUUAUUGGACACAUGAUGGUGCCAGAGUCAAACAAAUGGUUUGAAGGAUUUCAUUACAGUGGAGACUAAAACAUAAACCACAUGAUAUUUGUAUAAAUUAGUCUUGCACAAAGCAUGAAAUUAAAACAUUGAUUUUCCA